AAUAACUUGUGCUCCAACCAAAUGGCCCCCUAAAGGCGCCAGAGCACUGUAAUGCAUUCAGGUUGCAGGUUCGUGUUUUACUGUUUGUGAUUUUUACUUAGUCUGCAUUUCGCCAUUUUCAAGCUGGGUAAGGCACGUUCAAGGAAUACUGUGGAGAUGAAUACAACGCUUGUAAGCGAUUUAUCAGACGUGGAAAAUCUUUGCCCGUCGCUGAAUCUACAUUUAAAGCCGUACGCUAAAGUUAAUGUCUGCGUUGCGUUGCCGCAAAUGAAGGUUGUUGGACAGACGAUAUCAAACUGGGAAGUAAUGGAAAAGUUAAAAACAAUGUGCACCCCUCACCAAUUCACAUUGCUUCGAGUGGCAAAGAGUAACUUGGAAUUUGUUAGAUUUGAAGGUGAAGUGGAAAAUAAAUCACUAGUUUCUACAUUUGUUUCAAUGUUGGAUGGAAAACAUAUCAAAUUAUCUGGGUUUUCGGGCUUGCUCAAGGUGACAUGUGGAGAAAGCAAAAUACCAUUUCCAUCUCGUCAUGACUGGGAUUCAUAUUUUCGUGAUUCAAAAGAUUAUGAUGAGACUCAGCCAGGAGAACGUCCAGACACAGUACACAUAAGCAAUAUACCCUGCAAAUUUUUUAUGCCAAAGAAUGGAUCCACAGUUAGCAAUGAAAUGGUGAUCCAGUGUUUUUUAACUUACGGUGAAAUAAGAAAUAUUGAUAUUCCUAUGUUGGAUCCAUACAGGACUGAUGUUCAGUCUGCUGUUCCGUCAAAUUUUCAAACAUUUUCAUAUGGAUCACGAUUGAAUUUCGAAGUAUAUAUUCAAUAUAAAGAAUAUAUUGGUUUUGCAAAAUGUAUGGAUACUUUUCGUGGAAAGAAAAUUGUUUUAAAAGAAUCAGACGGCAAGGCAAUAGCUGCUACAGUCAAGGUUGAUUUUGACAAGACUAAACAUCUUUCUGCAAAAUCUAUCGAUCGUAGACUUCAAGAAAAAAAGAAAAUCGAAAAAUUACAGAAAGAAAGGGAAAGACAAAAGAGAAAGGAAAAAGAAUUGGAAGAAAGGAAAAUACUUGCUGAAAAAAUGAAAGAAUUGGAAAAACUGAAAGAGCAAGAGGAUAGACGGAGGAGAAGAGAGGAAAAAAGAAGAAAGAAACAAGAAGAGAAACGAGCACAAGAAGAAGCUGCAAAACUUGCAAAACGUAUAGCUCUUGAAGAAAGAAAAUUAUUGAUUGCUCAAAGAAAAUUAGAAAGUAUUCGCUUACUCAGUGAAUUGCUUGACAGAGUAAAGUCUGUUGCCCAACAAGCUGAAGUAGAAAGGUUGGAGAGAGAAAUAGCGAAGAAGGCAGAAGAAGAGAGAAAAAGGAAAGAAGAAGAGGAAAGUAAAAGGAAAGAAAAAAAUUUGAAACGAAAGCUGAAAUUGGAAAAGAAGGAAGCUGAAAUAAAGGAUCGACUGGAACAAAGAAAAAGAGAGGAUGAUUUCAGAAAAGAUCAGAAACGAAGAAAACAAGCAAUCAAACGUUUACAUUCUGGUGAUCAGUUAAUGUCCACUGUGGUCAAGUCAUCAAGUCCAAAUGAGAAGAGAUGAAAUAUCAGGGACUGACCAGUCAUGAAAGAUUUCGGUUUGUUAGUGCGUGUAUACACCGAAUGAUGCAAUAGCCUGAAUUAAUAUUGACGGUUGUUGGCGAACUUAUUUUGAUCACUGUUUCAGCUUGAAGAAAAUAUGACUGUUGUUGAAUCAAGCUUUUUUUUGAAUAUUGCACCCAAUUUUGACACUGCCUUUUUAUAUUACUUCUUUGUGAUAUGGUUAUUUAUUCACUUUUUCAAUUGCGUUUUUUGUCUCGUGCAUUUUUUUAUAUCACUCUGAAAAUCAUUCGGCUAUUGAUAUAUUUUUACACCAUGAAAAUAUUCCCAUAUUUUGAUGGCAUUGAGGGCUUUCGAUUGGAAAAGGAUAAUGUAAAAAAAACGCUUAAAUCUUUGAGACUGUAAAAUUAAUUCACUCAGUUUCUGAACGUUGCAAGUUUUGCGAAAUAUGUGUAUGGGUUAAUUCGACUCCCUGAUGUGAUUUUCUCAGGUUUUAUGUCCAUUUACUGGUAGAAUUUGGACUCUUUUAAAUUUUUUUUCAUCUAUAUGGUCGUUUAAGAUGGGUUUGGUUGGGGACUGUCAGGCGGUUUGCUCUGUGGUUGUGUAUCAGCGAGAUCUGGACGUAUCAUGUUUCCUGGCUGUCCUAAAAAAUGGGUCAUCUAUCAUUAUCCUAUUGUUGCUAAAUUACUUCUGUUGCAAAUUUUCAACACUUCUCUAUGAAUUUAUAUCAAAAUCACUGUGUUCGUUUCAUCAUAUUUCAAGCAACCAUUCUCUGUGUUUUGUAGUAGCUUGGCAGUAAAAUCAAUUUAAUGAA